UUUCAGAACAGAGCAGGAGUCAAUUUCCCUCGCUUUCAACUAACAUAACUGAAGUACAUAUACGGACAAAUCAAGAUUGAGUAGAAACAGAGAAGACAUCAGCUCCUCACUAAAUCUCUGGAGAAUCUUGAAUGAGAUCUGUCACGAUGAAGUCCACAAGAACAUUCAUCACCUGCUUUGGACUCUGCUCCAUGCUUCUACUUGCAUUCUCUAACAUCUUCAAUCGCCAGCCGUCGGAUCUUGACCCACCACCUAAAGUUACUACCACCACAGAUUCAAAGGAUCCUGAAAAUCCAAGGGACAAACUGCAAGAAGGGCUUCUCGCUACAGAGUUUGACGAAAGCUCUUGUCUGAGUAGGUACCAAUCUUCAAUGUAUCGCAAGCCUUCACCUUACAAACCUUCUCAGUAUCUCAUCUCUAAGCUUAGAACCUAUGAGAGGCUUCACAAGCAUUGUGGUCCAGACACAGAAGCUUACAAGAGAUCAAAAGAACAGCUUGAUCAACACGUCACACUUUCAGGCAGCUCUGGUGAGUUAUGCCAAUACAUCGUAUGGGUUCCGUUGUCUGGUCUUGGAAACAGAAUACUCUCUCUGGUCUCAGUGUUCCUCUACGCUCUCUUGACAGAGAGAGUCAUUCUUGUUGACCAAAGGAACGAUAUAAGAGAUCUCUUCUGCGAGCCUUUUCCAGCUACUUCAUGGUUACUUCCUCUUGACUUUCCCCUGACGGAUCAGUUCGAUAGCUUUAACUGGCGCACACCGAUUUCUUACGGUAACAUGUUGAAGCGUCAUGUGAUUAACUCCUCGACAGAAACAUUCCCAUCAUAUCUUUACCUCCAUCUUGUUCACAAUUACGGGGACUAUGACCAGAUGUUUUUCUGCCAAGGAGAUCAAUCGCUGAUCAAGAAAGUCCCUUGGCUGAUCGUUAAAUCAGACAAUUACUUUAUACCGUCUCUAUGGUUAAUCCCUAGUUUCCAGCCUGAGCUAAGCAAGCUAUUCCCGCAGAAAGAUACCGUCUUCCACCAUUUAGCUCGGUAUCUUAUUCACCCAACAAACCAAGUCUGGGGCUUGGUCAGUAGAUUCUACGAUGCCUACUUAUCAAGAGCAGACGAGACACUCGGGAUUCAAGUGCGGGUUUUCCAUCGUGCAGGGUUUCACCAGCUUGUAAUGGAUCAGAUUGUAUCUUGUACACAAAGAGAGAAUCUCUUGCCUGAAGCAGCAGCUUCACAAGAAGAAGAUUCACAACAAGUAACAAAUAUAUCAAGAAUCCAGAAACUUAAAGCUGUUCUUGUCACAUCUCUGAAUCCAGAGUACUCUAAUAGCCUAAAGAGACUGUACUGGGAAGGAUUGAGUUUCACAGGAGACAUAGUCGGAGUUUACCAACCAAGUCAAGAAAUGUACCAGCAAAGAAACAAAAAGCUUCACAACCAAAAGGCCCUUGCUGAGAUGUAUCUACUGAGCUUGACUGAUAACAUUGUCACAAGCGCAUGGUCUACAUUUGGAUAUGUUGCUCAGGGUCUUGGAGGAAUGAAGCCAUGGAUACUCUAUAAGGUAGAGAACUACAAGGCUCCUGAUCAACCAUGUGUGCGUGCCACGUCAAUGGAACCCUGUUUUCAUUCUCCUCCGUUCAAUGGUUGCGAAGCCGAUACAGGAACUGAUGCAUGGAAAACAGUACCUUACGUAAGGCCUUGCGAGGAUCGGAUUUCUGGGCUUAAACUAUUUGAUCACCCAGAAGAGUUAUAAGAUUAUACAGAAUCUUUGAUGAAAUACCUCUUUGUUGCUU